GGGAGAUGCAUCAGUGCUUGUGUUACACAAUGCCGUUACUUCGCACAAACGGAUAGUUAUAUGUGCCCAUUAAAUACUCGAGCUACACCUAUAUCAUUGCUGGAUACGCUAUUGUCUGGCGCUGUGUUUAAUAGAAGGUGUCUAAGUACAAGCGGUCGUUAUUAUUCCUCUGUGAAAACCGAUGCUGGAGAUGAACUGGAUGAAACAACUGUGUCAACCAGUAACAACUUAACCGCAGAUACGGUUGAGCAGUUUUGUAAGUCACUAGAAAACGAUAAACACGGCUGGUGGCCACUGUAUGUCAGAGGAGAGGUACCACAUUAUCCACCUAGACGUGAUAUGUUUGAAUACCUUACCUCACAGGGAGUUGAUGUAGAGCGCAUGGAAGCUUUUGAAAUUGAGGAUUUCACACGUUGGUUGCUGAUGCGUAAAAAGUACGGUCCCGCGUACCCGCGGAUGCCCUAUGAUGUUACCCUGGAGCAGAAGAUAGAGGAAUUAAAGCGCCGUUUACCUUUGAAGUAGUGGUGUUGUGUUUUGGUUUGCUAGUUAAGGUCUACUUGGGCUUGAACACC